AUGGCUUUAUCCGGCACUAAUAAUAUCACUCAUGUCUCUGGCAAAUCACUGGUUGCAAUCAAUGGUACUCAACUUCCAUUAAAACUUUCAACCCAAAAUUACUCUACAUGGCAUGCUCAGAUUACUCCUCUUCUUCGAGGACAUAACCUAAUGGGUUAUGUCGCUGGUACUAUUUCUCCUCCUCCUAGUCUCAUCGAAGAAGAAGGCAGAAGUAUCGCUAACCCAGACUAUGAGUUUUGGGAAUGUCAAGAUCAGUUAAUCCUCGCUGCUAUCAUUGCUUCGGUUUAUUUCUCAGUUAUGAACACCAUCGCAGAUGCUAAAACCUCAGCGGAGGCAUGGAAUAAACUUCAGGUAGCCUUUGCCAAUAAAUCGGCUACACGAAUUCUUUCUCUCCGAGAAAAACUCUCACGCACCAAGCGUGAUUCUCGCCCAGUUGCUGAGUAUCUUCAACUUGUCAAGUCAAUUGCGGAAGAACUCUCCUUAUGUGGCAGUCCUGUAAACGAUGUUGAUCUUGUUGUUCAUGUUUUGGGUGGAAUUGGCUCUGAAUUCCGUGAUAUUGCUGCGGCAAUCCAUGCCCGAGACUCUGUCAUCUCGUUUGAUGAACUCCAGGAUAAACUGCUUGCCCAUAAACUAUAUCUCAAGCAGAUUGACCACAACUUCGAUCCGACCCCUGUGACAUCAAAUCAUGUUCGCAAGGGAAAUUCUAGCAGGCCACCCUAUCAAUCAAGGCAAGGUAAUUAUAGUAAACCUUCCACUCAAUUUCAGUCCAAUGGUUUUCAGUUAUCAGAGAACUCUUCAAGCUUUGGCACUAAUGCAUCACGCCAUCAGUCCUCUGUGCCCUCAUCCCACCACCGAAAUUCCAGCACUCAACCAAAGGCUCAUCACUCCACAACAAACUCGAACUCGGACUCCCAAUGGCUUCUUGAUACUGGGGCUUCUCAUCACAUAACCAAUGACUUGAGAAAUCUCUCUCUUCAUGCGCCAUAUGAUGGAAAUGAUGAGUUGCAUCUCACAGACGGUUCAGACCAGAUGCUCGGCCAGAGAUUCUACAUGGGUCUAGCUGACAACUUGAAAGUGAAUGUGGAUGCUUCAGCUGGAGGAAGAGAACAUGGCCACACUUCUGACCCAGAUGAGCCUACUGACAAAGAAGAUUAA